AUGAUUCCUCCACAAUCAUCUCUACAACAGCUAAAAAAUCUGAUUCUGAUGAACACUAGAUUGGUUGGAAAAAAGGAGAUCAGUACGCUGAUUUAUAGGAUGCCAGUUACGGUAGCAAGUUCGUUUGCAUAUCAGAAAAUGCAUAUUAAAUCUGACCAGUACGUGUCGAUGGUGUUUUCGUAUCAUCGUAGUAUUGGAAGCAUCUAUUCUAUGGAAUUUUGUGUGAAACUCCAAGAUGUAGGGGGCAGCUCAUCUAGUUCGAAUAACGUAGAGGAAAUGCGAAAUUCUAGUGCUGGUGAAUGCAUUCCGUUUUUGGAGAUUGGUAGGGCUCGCAGUCCGUCCUUUAACGCCUUCGUGGCCCCCGCCCAGAAUGCAGAAAUUCCUCACCGACGUCCCUCCCCCACUGUCCAUGUUGCAUAUCUGGAAGGAAUGACCGACGGGUUGGUUGACUCCUCUGAGAAAGACGAGAUUGAAGAUGAUAGCGAAGAGGAAGCAGAAGUUGUUCCGAAAACCCAACCGCUUGAGGGCGAUAGGGUUAUCCCAACUCGUGUCGAACCGAUAAAUGUGGCAAGGGUUAGAGGUCUUUCCAGCAGCACCCCCGACCACUACCUGCACCUGAGUCUUGGUCCAAUGAACUCGAUAACUGCGGAGGACAUACCCAGUAACUAUGGUUUGACCGGUGAAAUAGAGCUAGAGCUUGGCUUGAAAUUCCUGAAUAAAGAUGCAGCAAUGCUUGCUAUUAAGAACUACAACAUCCGUCGAAGUGUAGAUUUCAAAGUAGUGGAGUCAGAUCAUACUGGGUAUGUAUGUCGAUGCAAACUUUUUGGUGACCAAUAUUGCUGGAUGGUCAGGGUUGCAAAGACGAGGGCGUCCAGAUUUUGGGAAGUUCGAAAAUACCAGGGGCCUCAUAGUUGUUUGGCGUCUACGACGUUGCAAGAUCAUGCUCAACUUGAUUCAAAAUGUCAUAUGUCAGCACAUAUUUCCCAUGGUUCAGGCAGACGCGACCAUUUGCAUAAAGGUACAAUUGUCGACCUUCAAACCCGACCAUACUACGUUGGCAACACGCUCGACCGUGACAGUGUCAUGUUUCAUCAAGUAUUCUGGUCAUUUCCAUCGUGUGUCGAGGCAUUCAAGCACUGCAAGCCCCUGGUCUCGGUUGAUGGAACACGCCUGUAUGGUAAGUACACGAGAACCUUGUUGAUUGGAAUAGCACAGGACGAAAACAACAACAUACUUCCGAUAGCUUUCGCGCUUUUGGAAAAGGAGAACACAGAUGCGUGGUACUUAUUUCUGACCAACUUAAGGAGACAUGUGGCUACUCAACCGGGAGUUCUGCUGAUCUCUAACAGGCAUGUAGCUAUAAAGGCUGCGGUCGAGCGAGAUGGUUGUGGAUGGGAACACAAUGUUUACUGUGUCCGACACAUUGCGUCCAACUUUGCAACAAACUUCAAGAGUAAGAAAGCCAAAAAAGGCACCUUGUUAACGCGGCAUACUCGAAGACGCAAGAGCAGGCACAAUACUACCUUGAGUUAA